GCGAGCUUAUUGGCGGAAGUGACGUCAUCUCAAACAGAUAUGAACAACGGGGUCGAGGGAUCGUACGUGAAUUCUAAUCAAUGGAAGGAUUACAAAUCAGUUAAAUAUUUCCAAGGGAUACUAUUUUCAACCAACCAAUGGACGGACCAUAAAGGUGAAUACUAAGUGGACGUCCCAACCGUGGGAUACAUUUAUCUCCUGUGAUCAACGAUCUUCGGAAUUGACCAUUCAAAGUUUGGUGAUGCGGUCGGUCAGCAGGAACAUGUGUUCAUCCUGAUGAGUACAUGUAUUGGAUAACCGCAUUUACAGUGAAUCGUCUUCUUACAGUGGAUUUAAUUUGGAGUUACUACAAAUGAAAAACAACCUUAUCAUUGAGUGUGUGAUUGAAUCUUAAUCAUUGUGCUGGUGCUACUUGGCUCGACAGAGAGUGACAGAGGGGAGGAAACUACUGAACUAAGCUCGGAAUAGCGAAGUCGGAUUCAAAAUGAGCGGAACACAUAAAUAUGACGAUAAUCGUCACCGCAAAAAGCCCAGUUCGAGGACUGGCAGCAGUGGGGGACGCCAGAGCAAUGCAGGCAAUCCAGGAGUACUUAUGGUUGGACCCAAUUUCAGGGUGGGAAAGAAAAUUGGAUGUGGUAAUUUUGGAGAACUAAGACUUGGAAAAAAUCUGUACAACAAUGAACAUGUUGCAAUCAAAUUGGAACCAAUGCGGUCCAGAGCACCACAGCUUCACUUGGAAUACAGAUUUUACAAAAUGUUGGGCCAAUCAGAGGGUAUCCCUCAAGUGCAUUACUUUGGGCCCUGCGGUAAAUACAAUGCCAUGGUCAUGGAAUUAUUGGGUCCUAGCCUUGAAGACCUCUUCGACCUGUGUAACAGGCAGUUCUCCCUCAAAACAGUCCUACUCUUGUCUACACAAUUGCUUCACAGAAUAGAAUAUGUACAUAGUAAGCACCUCAUCUACCGCGACGUGAAGCCAGAAAACUUCCUGAUCGGCAGGAGUUCGAGUAAGACGCAAAACACCAUCCACAUCAUCGACUUUGGCCUGGCCAAGGAGUAUAUCGACCCGGAGACCAACAAACAUAUACCCUACAGAGAACACAAGAGUUUAACGGGCACGGCCAGGUAUAUGAGCAUCAACACACAUUUAGGGAAAGAGCAAAGUCGACGAGACGACUUAGAAGCCUUAGGUCACAUGUUCAUGUAUUUUCUACGAGGCAGCUUACCGUGGCAGGGAUUAAAGGCUGACACGCUGAAAGAAAGGUAUCAGAAGAUUGGAGACACGAAACGAGCCACGCCUAUCGAAGUUCUAUGUGAAAACUACCCAGAGGAGAUGGCAACGUAUCUGAGGUAUGUUAGAAGACUAGAUUUCUUUGAGACGCCGGACUACAACUACUUAAGAAAGCUCUUUAUGGACCUCUAUGAGAAGAAGGGCUACACGAAUCUACACGAGUUCGAUUGGACUGGCAAAGAGACGAUAUCACACGUACCAAGCUCGGCCAAUGACGGCGGUCAAGCCACUCACGCCAAAGAUGGGCGCAAAGAUGAUAAUCCCAGGACAACGACAAACCAAAGGUGGGACGUACAACGGACGGGAGGGCUGGAGGCUCCGGGGGGCGGCAACCAGCCAGGGUCAAUCCAGGUCAUCAGUUCAACCAACGGAGAGGUAGCACCGGACGACUUCAACAAAGGUUCACAGGCACCUAUCACCACACCUACAGGGGAAGUGGAAGUCGUAGAAGACACAAAGUGCUGUUGUUUCUUCAAGCGGAAAAAGAAGAAGGGUCUGGGAAGGCGGAAGUAGCUGUCCAUGUCACAUCCCUCUCUCUCCAAUUGAAUGGCCCUCUGACCAUAAUAUGCUCUCUCGUCAAAUCUCGGUGGCUAGUCUCUGAAGGGUUGUACCAAGGUUGAGACCAAGACAAUUCCUCAGAUCUUACAUUUUGCCAUCAAGCUUCAGUGGCACGUCUCUGAAGGAUUGUAUCAGGGUUUUACCAAAGUUGUACCAAGGUUGUACCAAAACAAUUCCUCAGACCUUACAUUUUGUCAUCGAGCUUCAGUUGCACGUCUCUGAAGGGUUGUACCAAGGUUGUACCAAGGUUGUACCAAGACAAUUCUUCAGACAUUACAUUUUGUCACCAAGUUUUAGUGGCAAGUCUCUGAACGGUUGUAUCAAGGUUUUACCAACUUAAGGCAAUUCCUUAGACCUUACAUUCUGUCAUCGAGCUUCAGUGGCACAUCUCUGAAGGGUUGUAUCAGGGUUGUACCAAAGUUGUACAAAGGAAAACCCUCAGACCUUGCAUUUUCUUACCAAACUUUGGGGGCUAGUCUCUAAAGGGUUAUAUCAGGUUUGUACCAGGACUGUACCAAGGCCGUCCCUAAGACCAUAAGCUAUCUCAUCAAACCUCAGUGGCUAGUCUCUGAAGGGUUGUGCAAGAGAUUCAAAGGCCACUCUGCAGACUGCACACCCAUCAAACCCCAGUGGCUAGACUCUGUAGGGUUGUUCAAAGACCAUCAUUUAUCGUAGAGGUAUAAUCCUUGAUGCCAUGAAGAUGCAUGUGCUGUCGAUGUCUUGGUUACAUUCCCUGAUUUGAACGCGCAGUUCUCAAACAGCCCUACAGUUGAACUAUCAUUGAGUAAAGAGCUAUGGCUAGUCUUGAUUACAUUGUUAAAAAUAUACUUUUUUAAAUAAUUGUUAUUGUUUACUUCAAAGUUUGUCGUACCUCUUGUUGCAUUGUCACUUUUCCAUAAUAAAUCUAACUCCAGAAAUCACCAGUACAAGCUCAGUUUCAUGGAAAAUUGUGUGUCAUGUAUGAAUGUAAAUUUCAGGUUCAUAACUUUACCCAGAUAUUUAGGAACUCUAAGGGACAUCGUUAUUGAUGGAAACCCUUUUUGGUUUCGUGCUCAGCUUUUGCAAAUAUGUCAGAGAAAAAAAAUCUGACACAUUCAGAUAACUUCAUUAUUAAGCUAACCCAUUUUCAAUAGCAAGUGAGAGGAUUCCAUCAAAUUAAAGAUUGAAUUUUAUGAAUUUCACAAUUUUGAUUUCAAAUACAUGCUGAUAUUCAGCUAUUUUAUAGUAUCAGUUUUCGUGAUCAACACUUUUCAAGUAACAUUUUGUAAGUAUAGUAACGAAUGUAUAAUUCCAUGUGUCAAAAUGUUUCUUGAGGCUUAUCCAAUCAAAGCUGGUUACAAAUAUUUAAUCAUCCAUGAGGAAUAACUUGAGGGUUUUUAAACAUUCGCUGUAUCUGUGUGUAUAGAGAAUGAAGUUCACGUGCAAUUUGCUUAGAAAUUCUUUUGCACUCUUAUUAGUUUCUUUUAUAAGCAUAAGUGUUAUGUCUUUUGUAUAAAUCAACAUUAUUUUUCUGCCCCAUGGUAUACAGGAGAAUGCUAUUUCUCGUAUUGAAAGGAAAUGCAACUAAAGUAGUUAAGUUGAAAUAACAACAACAAGGCCACGUACAUCUGACAUGUUGAGAUUUGACUUUUGAAAUAUCAUUGCUUUACAGAGGUUUGGAACAUUUGCUGUACAUUAAAAAAUGGAUUAAAUUGGUUUUAGUGUCUUUUUACAGUUGGAAGGAAAAAAAAUGGAAUUUUGCUGUAAAAAAAAAGCUUACCUCUAAAUUGGAGGAGCAAAAUGAUGAAUCCCGACUAUUAAAAUCAUCGUAGCUCUUUCGAUUCAGUAUUUUAUGGGAAAAUGGACAAAUGAUGCUCAAAAAUGAACAAGACAUCUAAAUCAAGUACAUGUAUUUGGAAAAUGUCUGAUUUGUGAGACAAUUAUUUUCAUAAUGACCUUGAUGAUAAAUAUUAGUUAUCAAAUCUAAGAUGUCUUACCGUUUCAUAAAUUUCAUUCGCAAAUGACAUCUUGAUUGCUUCAGAAGUUCAGAAAGCAAAUUAGAUCUCUCCUUUUUUUUAAAUAAAGCAAAUUAACAAAAAUUCUUUAAAAGCAAUUAAGGUCUCAGGCCAAAUUGUCAUAUUUUACUCAAUCAUUAAUAGCUUCUGUAAUGUAAAAGUCAUAAAUCCAUUUAUAAAAGUGCAAAUAAUUGACAUAAAGGAACACAUUUCAAUCAAUAAAAUAUAUAUGAUUGGACUUUAAUAACAGUGUUGCAAUGUGGUAUAUCUGUUUUUGUUGAGACCCCAAUGAAGAGGACAGUAUCUGAACAAUCAAUAAGUUUUGUUUAAAAGCAACGUCCUUUGGAGGAGGAAAUAUAUAUUUUGGGGGGUAAUGUCUCCUUAUUAAAGUGUCAUCUUAUGCUUUCAUGUCUUUUAAUUGCUUAUGUGUGUGUGUUUACCGGUAAGUUGUAUUUUUCUUUUGUUGCUACUAAACAAAAAGAAGAAUCUGCAUCGUAACCAAUCAAGCAGUCAACCACUUCUGAUUAAGUCUGAGUAAUGUAAAUUCAUAACAUGGAAUGCAGAGUGCAACUUGUAAAAUAGUGUUACGUUAUUUUUAUAAAUCAAUUUGUAAAUUGACUUGAACGAGGUGCUGAGAAACAGGAAAACCUCACAGCUGUUUUUCUGUUAAUUCUUUCAAGUAGAGAUAAUAUUCAGUCUGUGAAAUUUCAAGGUUGCAAUGAAUAACGCAAGCAUUUGGGAUGGAGAUUUUAUGGUUUGGUUUCAUACGCCGUUGUAUUUAUAAACGUUUCAUUGUCACCCACUAUUGCCUUAUAUAACUGUACAUUUUUUCAUUCGAGUAAUUGUUGAGAUACGAUUGAAAGAUGAAAAACAGCUCUCUGCUUUAAUUUGUGGCAAUGUCGUAGCUAUAGUUUGUUUACCCUAGCACAAUGGUAUCCAUAGGCAAUGGAACAGAAGACAAGUCAUCAAGUAUUACGAGAAUAAAACUAGAUUCAUAUGUCGUUGCCAUCACCACUUAAUCUGUGUGUCAUUUUAUAUAUAUUAUAUAUAAAUAUACAUAUACUUUUUUCUUUUUUUCUUCAGAUUUUGCAACUUUACAGAUCAUUUUUGCACCUUGCGUUUACAUAUACAGUGUAAUAGAAAUACAGGGGUGCAUUUGUUCUGUCCUUUGAGCAGUGGUGUGGCAAUAGGAACCUAUUUAGUAAAAUGCGAAGUAACUUUCUGUUUCAAACCAUUAGCGCAAACUAAUCAGUUUUCUCUUCUUUUGUCAGACUACUUCCUUAACUUGAAUCUUUAUCGUUCUUGCCUCGAGUCUUUGGUAAUUUUUUUUUUUAUCAUAGUCAUGUUUGACGCGUUGUUCUGAGCAUCAUUCCAUUAUAAAUUGAGCGAGAGAGAGUGAGAGAGUGAGAGAGCCUGACACAAUACGUUGUAAUUGGUACUGCUAAUGCAAAGUGAACAAUAAGUUGGUAUAUUUGAAAACAAUUUUUAUUGUCUUGAUGAAAUCAUUAUUAAAAAAAAGAAAGCAUAAUAUAACUGUACAUUUUGUAAACUUCUUAUCGAUAUGCUCUUGAUUUCAUUAGGAUCACGUAUACCUAAAAUGCAUUAUCAGUUUUUAAUUGUCUAAUUCAGGUGAAAAUGAUUUGUUUCUUUCAUGCAGUUCAUAGUUUAUUUCUUCACCUCUUUGUCCUCCCUGACGCGGCUCAUACCAAUGAGAAUGAAAGCCAUGUAGUCGUACUUGAAGUGUAGAUAUUUGAAGUUCCGCCAUUUUUAAACAAAGUACACUAUUAUGAAACAGAAAAAACAUGUUACGUGUGUUUGGAUAUCAUGUUGUCUGUUGGUAACAACAAACGUACCUUGGAAUGAUAUUGACAUGAAUUUUAUUCCAUUCACUUUGUGUUUUGUAUGAAAUGAAAAAAAGGGUGGAAAAAUGAUGCAAGGUGAGAUGAUAUAUGUCAAAUGUAUCUUUAAAUGUGUUUUUUCUACGUGAUUUAAAAACAAAGCUAAUGGUAAGAAGAGAGGAAUUAUAACCGUGUUCCGUAGGAGAUACAUGCACAGUAGUUCUGUAUUGAUAGUCUCAACGUCCCUUUCCACACAGAUAUAUGAGGCUUGAUAGAAUCACUCCCUUGGCCGGGGACGAUGAAUAUUAGAAAUUAGCAUUUCGUCUUAUGAGAGCGAGAAGGGCAUUAGUUCAAACAUUUUCAGACUUAACGCCCUUCCUGCUCCCAGUAGAUGAUUCGACCCCUAAAACCUGUAAACCAUUUUAAUAUCGAGCCUGAAAAUUGUCUGAAAUGGGCCUUACUGUCAACUGUCAGCUAAGAAGUUAUGAAAUAAAAGCAAACUAUAUGUCAAAUUAUGAAUCUACCUAUGAAAGAUCUCUGUUUGAGUAAUACAUGUAUUAAAAUUGAGUGUGUUGUCCUAUUUUAAGACUGUAAUUCCUGAAUAUGCCACGUCUCCCUUCAUCAGUUUCAUUUACUAAUUUAUGUGGCUGAUAUUCCCCCGACACUGUUAAAUUCGGAUUGAUGUAUCAGCAUUACUACAUGUAUGUAUAUUAGAACUUUUAUGCAGAACUAAACGGGAGACUAUCUUUUCCCACGUGCAUAGAACCUCCAUACUGUCUAGUACCCAAAUGUUAAUUGAUCAAAAGAAUGAUACCGUUUUAUGCUGUAUCUCUUGCUGUUCUCGUCUCUUCUUCUUAAAGCUAUUUGUACACUAUGAAAUGUUUCUCACUAAUCAUUUCAAGAUUAUUGCUUGAGAGAAGGGAGGAGUCAUGAAAGAAAAUGUGAAUAAAAUAUGUAGAAAUUAUAAAUA